AUGGGACAAAAAGGAUCAAGCAAUUCAUCUUCAUCAUCAUCGACAACAACCAAUAGUACCUACAACAAUCACUCUAAUACAUCGAACCAAACCAAGACAACUCAAUCAUCAAAUAAUAGUGGUAAUAAUAAUACAUCUAAUAAUACUACGGCUGCUGCUUCUACUACAACAACAAAUAAUACAUCUUCUACAACAAAUAGUGUCAAGAGUGGAGACGAAAUGGAAAAAUUAUAUGCUAAAUAUGCUGCAAUGGACGUUAAAGAUCCAGAUUCUGAAGAUGAUGUUGAUUACAUAGGAACUGAAGGUUUACUUAAAUUAGCUGAGGAUAUAGGAAUUAAUCCGGAGCAAAGAAUCAUGUUGAUUAUGCUCUAUAAAAUUGGAGCAACUGAACAAUACAAAGUUAAACAUAAAGAAUUCGUUGAUGGAUUUAAGAGAAAUAACUGUCAAUCAUUGAGUGAUAUGAAGAGCAAAGUUAGUAGUUGGGAACAACCAAUUACUAGCAACAAUACUGAAUUUAAAAAGUUUUACGUUUGGUGUUACAACUACUCAAAAGAACCAGGUGCAAAGUCAAUGUCUUGCGAAAUGGCCUCUGCUACAUGGCGUUUACUUUUAAGUGACAGAUAUAAGAAGAUUAACGAAUGGUGUGAUUAUAUUGAAAAUACUUACAAGAGAGCAAUUCAAAAGGACUCUUGGGAUCUUUUCAUUGAUUUUGUUCAUAAUGUUGGUGAUGAUCUUUCUAGAUAUGAUUCAAAUGAUGCUUGGCCCGUAAUUGUUGACGAUUGGUGCACUCUUCUUCAAAAGAAACAAUAA